AUGGACAAGGCUUCGAUAUUAGCGGAUACAAUCAAAUACCUCAAAGAGCUUAAAGAGCGUUUGGCAGUUUUAGAAGAGCCGGGGAAGAAAACAAAUGCAGAUCAGUCCAUGGUGGUUACGACUAAACCUGACGUCUGCAGCAACGAGCAUUACUCAUCAUCUCAUGAGAACACUGAAACUGAAAGUGCGGCUGAUGGUAUUGCCACUGGUCAAUCACUCUUCAAGGUGGAAGCAAAAGUGAAAGGGAAAGAUAUGUUGAUUCGGAUCCACUGCCAAAAGCAUGAUGGACUUCUUGUUAAAAUCAUCACUGAGAUUCAAAGUUAUCAACUAUUUGUUGUCAAUAACAUUGUUUUAGGCUUUGGAGAUUCUAUCCUUGACAUUACCAUCAUUGCUGAGAUUGGUGAAGGGUACAACUUGAGCAUAAAGGGACUUGUGAAGAACCUAAGCAUUGCAGCAUUGGAGUUUAUGUCAUCUUAACAUGAACAAUUAAUGCACAAAUAGUUCCCACAAACACCAAGUAGAGUGUGAACUCACAUGAAUUUCUUUCAAUGAUAAAGUGUUUAGAAGAUAACAAUGUGUAUGAAGUGUUGCAAUAUAGCAUAACAUUUCUUUCUUUUUAAUAUAGCUAAGUUUGUUUCAA